AUGGCGUCGUCAUCCUCCAACGUUGUUGGUGUACACUAUAGAGUGGGAAAGAAAAUCGGAGAGGGUUCGUUCGGUGUAAUUUUCGAGGGCACAAACCUCCUGAACAACCAACAGGUUGCCAUCAAGUUUGAACCAAGAAAGAGCGAUGCCCCCCAACUGAGAGAUGAGUACAGGACAUACAAGAUCCUCGUCGGGUGCCCUGGCAUCCCAAAUGUGUACUACUUCGGCCAAGAAGGUCUGCACAACAUCCUGGUGAUCGAUCUUCUCGGUCCAUCGCUCGAGGAUCUUUUCGACCACUGCAACCGGAGAUUCUCCCUCAAGACGGUUGUCAUGGUCGCCAAGCAGAUGCUGUCCCGCGUCCAAACCAUCCACGAGAAGAACUUGAUCUACCGUGAUAUCAAGCCCGAUAACUUCCUCAUCGGCAGGCCAAACUCCAAGACUUCCAAUGUCAUCCACGUGGUCGAUUUCGGUAUGGCCAAGCAAUACCGUGACCCCAAGACGAAGCAACACAUUCCCUACCGCGAACGCAAGUCGCUUUCUGGCACUGCUCGUUACAUGAGUAUCAACACCCAUCUUGGUCGCGAGCAGUCGAGAAGAGACGAUCUCGAGGCCCUUGGCCACGUAUUCAUGUACUUUUUGCGCGGUGGUCUUCCCUGGCAGGGUCUCAAGGCUGCUACUAAUAAGCAGAAGUACGAGAAGAUUGGUGAGAAGAAGCAGACGACGCCCAUCAAGGAGCUGUGCGAGGGUUUCCCCGAGCAGUUGGUGACGUAUCUGACAUAUGUGCGCAACCUCGGCUUCGAGGACACGCCCGACUAUGACUACCUCCGUGAGCUUUUCACCACGGCGCUCAAGGAGGCUGGCAUUCCCGAAGAUGGAGAGUAUGACUGGAUGAAGGUUGGCAAGCCCGACAGGAAGGGGGACUGGGACCGCCCGGGCGCUUUGCACAACCCAAACGCCCGCCCCGGGGCUUCGGCCAUGGAGAUCCACGGCAACUCGAGGGGGCCGACGACACACCACCAAAGCGACCCGCGAGCCCCUCAAUUGAGCAUGUCGCAUUUAAACGCCGGGAAACCCCUACCGCCCCAGCCGAACCAGAGGCAGUCGAAGCAAGGACGGCCAAACGCGCCCGCCUUGGGAGCCCAAAGACCCGCGGUCGGGGGUUACAACAUGCCAGCAGCGACACCUACGGGAUCAACCCAAGCCCAGUUCCAGACCAGCACCCAGAACCUACCGCAACGACCGAUGGCACACUCGCCUGCCAUACCUGCUCCCCAGAAUAACGCUCAACCACAGCCAACAGGCUUCCAGAAGUUCAUGAAGACUCUUUGCUGCGGUUAAUGGGUUUUGGUUGUUUUUUUUACGCGUUGAUCUGGCGUCUUGCUGACGUUGUAAGCGGCAGCCGGCGGCACGUUCUAUAUAGAGGCUUUCGAAGAUAGGAGUCCUUUAUGAUUUGUCUGCGACAUGCGUUGUUAGUUUUUUUGCAUGGGACAUUAGAAGGACGCCUUUCUUACACGGGGGCGCAUUCUAGCACAUUUGGCGCCUUUCCUGGACAGCAUUACGAUUACGAUAAUCCCGGUUUCUCCCUUUUUUUUCUGUCUUUGUCUUGUCUUUCUGGCCUUUGACCUGCUUGCAGCUCUCGCGGAGGAUGUUGGCAGGGCUAAUAACUACUUCUUGGGCUGGCCUGCCAGGGGAAAAUAUCAGUCUUGACUUGUUUGGCGCCUUGGGGGAACGUUUUCACUCUCACUCUCACACUCUCACUCUCACUCUCACUCUCACACAUUACACACACAUCACCACACAUACUCGCAGAUAAACUCACUCUAAUAAUCAGCAUCCCUUUUGAGAACAUACAGAAAAAGAACGGCAUUGUAACAGGGCAUGGUUUCAUCACUUUUUUUUUUUCUUUUGACUCGUGUGGUUUUUUUCUGGCUGGCUGGACAGGGUGGUGUUUUCCUUUUUUUUUUGGUUUUCUUUUUUCCAUCAUCGUCUUGUUGUUUUUGCUCGUCCAGAAAUAAUGAAAGAAUCUCUCUGUCUCCAAAAGAAAAACACAAGCACGAAGAGAAAGAGCCCCCUUGCUAUGUUCAGCAGUCAGUCAGUCAGUAUACACUCGAGUCAUUGAAAAAAAAUUUUUGAUUCCGAACCCAACCUGCCCUGUUUUUUGCCUGGUGUAUGUUUUCUUUGUUUUAUCUGUCUGUAUAAGCGUGUGUGUAUGUGUGGGUGAGUGGGUAUAUCAUUUCUUUUCUUUUUUUGUACAAGACUCUGGGCGUUGUAAAAUGGGACAAACAUUGUCGGUUUUGUUGUAAUUGUUGCUGCUGUAAUGUCUUUUUGUUGUUUGGCUUUUUGGAUAUAGUUUAGUUCGUUGUUGUGUGUUUUCCCUUGACAAGAGCUGUCUGUUUUCCUAUGUUGGUGUAUAGGCCUUUGGUGCGUGUGGUAAUAAUGCUGGUUGUGAGGAGGAAAGUCAAGGGGAGGAGGGAGUCAAGUCGAAGAGGGUAGAGAGCGGACGGUGUUGGGAUAAGAGCGGAAGGUGCUGGAGAGGAGGGUUGAUUUAGGCGGAAUGUUGGAAAGAUAACUUGAGGGUGUGAAGGGUUGGAAUCUCUGGGAUAGAUAUAGUUGAUAUAAAUCUGUGGUGUGUAUAACGAAAGGAUUUGGACCAUUUUCCACCUCCAGCCUUGAAACACAAUCCCUGAUCUUUAUGAUUUCAUAACUCCCACGACAGACAUACAUACAUUAUAGACAGAAAGACAGACCAUUUUCCCAUUGGCAAGUCUUAUUUCUAAAUUUCAUAACCACAACCACCAACCACGGCAACAACUAACAAACGAACAUUUCUUAUUUCAACAUAUAUAAAACGCACACCCCCCCUCAUCUCCUUCAUUUUGUCAUGCCCCAAAAUUGUUCUCUCACGUUAGCUUCUGCUUAAUAAAAAAGCUCCUAAGAUGGCUCAGCUGCCAAGCACAGGUACCAGCAAGGACAAACAAUUGAAUCAAGAUCCAGCGGACGACGCGAGCGUUGGUGGACUCGGAUUGAUCACGGAAUUCGGCUUCUCUCUCCUAUUGUUCCCCUCAUAUCAGCACCACCCCAUCUCCCUGAAUGAGAGCAACUUACACGUUGAAACACCUGCUCCCUCCUGAUGUCAUUCAGCCUCGCGUUCAGGUCCUUGACCCGGGUGGCCAGGUCGGCAAUCUUGGACUUGUCGCUGCUGUCGAUGGCCGAGGUCUCGCCGAUGGCCAUGUCGAGGGUGAGGCGGAUGCCGCCGUUGGGCUGGGCCAUGCUCAGCCAGGAGGAGCGGCCGCUGGAGGAGGAGGGGGUGAAGCAGAUUUUGUGGUCGCCGGCUUCGGCGGCGGUGAAGGUGAA